AGGGGCAGAAAGUCAUAACUUGAGUAUCACUAAAGAGGCGACUCAGUUCCUUUUCUCUUGGAGUUCUGAGAGGAUACACACCUGGAAAGGCCAACUUAUCCCCCACUGGGGAUCAAGUCCCUCCACCAGAAUUCAUUCCUGAUAGAGACACAGAAAUCACUCAAGGUCAGGUAUUAACGAUUACUGUACUUCACUUACUCCCAAGAUGAGUGAUGAAGAGAUCACUUACGCAACUGUGAAAUUUCAUAAGUCUUCUUCAGGGUUGCAGAAUGAAGGAAGGCCUGAUGAGGCUAAAGGGCCCACAGAAGCUGGCCACAGAGAGAGCUCAGUCCCCUGGAACCUCAUUGCAAUACCUCUUGGAAUCUUUUGUUCCAUUCUGCUGGUGACCAUUGCAGUGUUGGUGACAUGCAUUUUUCAGUACAGACAAGAGAAACAAGAACAGAAGAAAAUUCUAAAUGACCUCAAUCAAAAGUACGACAGCUUGAAAAAUGACAGCUCCUUAAAGGAAAAAAUGUUGAAAAAUAUGUCUAUAGACUAUGAUGCCCUCAAAGGUCGUCUGGACUCCAUCAACAAAGAAUGCUAUGCAAAAACUAAGAUUACUUUAGAUUGCUCAAAAUUCUCAGACAAAUAUGUUGGACACUGGUUCUGCCGUGGCAUAAAAUGUUAUUUUCUCAUGGACAAUAAAAACUGGCAUAAAUGCAAAAAGACCUGCGAAGACUGCACCUUUUCCAUUUUGAAUAUAGAGGAUAAUGAUGAACUGGCAUUCCUUAAGGCCCAACUUGAUUUAAACAAAUACUGGAUUGGAUUAAAAUAUGAUUUAAAGAACUGGCAAUGGGUUGGUGAUAGCCCGUGUAAACUUGAUUUGAGUGUAAUAAAAUUAGGACGUGCCACAGGAGGCUGUGCGUUUCUCAGCUCAAUAGGCACACAGGAUUAUGAUUGCUAUCAACGCCUUGGCUGUAUAUGUGAAAAAAGAGUGGAAAAGUGCAGUCAAAGGAAAGGUCUCAGCCGGCUGCAAAAACCAAGUGAGGAGCUGGAAAGGGAAGAUGACUUUCCAAAAUCAGACUAAACAAAGCAGAACCCAUCUUCCUUCCUGAUAAAAGGAGCAGCUUGUGUCAACAGUACUGAUGCUCUCUGAUCCCAGGCCCUGAGGAAUCACUCUUUUUGUUUGCUGAAAGACACAUGGAACCAAAUACAGAACAUUGAUAAAUGGCACACAUAUCUUAUUAUCUCUAAGUUCAAUCAUCUCUGUAUCUGUGGCUUUGACAUAACAAUGAGGAAGUAAAAUGCAGAUGUGUGUUUCUGUUUGCUUGCUAGUAAGUUGAUUACUGUUUGAUAUUUUUUUUUUGCAGGUGGAAGAACUUACCUUUAAAAAGCAUUUAUUUUCUGUAAAUUAUAAUUUCAGACUUAUUUGAUGAAUAGUUUCAAACUAGUCCAAAUGUUCUCUUUCUCUGAUCUGCUUGAUGAUAAGUAGAAACCCUAUAGACAUGGUAAUAUUCAUUGAGGCCAGCUUGAUGGAUGUCUCAGAUGUAUAAUCUUACAGGUACAACAGUUUGAAGAGAGUAAGCUACAUAGUGAAGUUUUGACUAUUGUGGGCUAUAGAGUGAGAGUCUGUCUCAUGAAGCCUAAUAACUAUGAUGGUGAUAAUAAUAAUACCAAACUGUCCUUAAAUAUUUUCUAAUGACAAAUUAUUUUAAAACAUCAGUCUGAAGCAAUAAAUUGUAGUAUUGAUAAAGUUAUAUGUUCUAAUCUAUAAUCCAUGUCCAUAUUUGUCUGUUUUCUGGGUGAUGUCUCUAUUGAUAUUUUCUCAUGGUCAGGAUCAUGUAGUGCAUUUAUUUCUAAUGUCAUUUAGUUUUGAAGUGAUUAUUGACGCAUGAGAUUUUUCUCUGAUAAUAAAAACAUAAGAUACUGGUGUUGGAGUGUGUGUAUGUAAUAUAAUGUCUCCAUUGUAAGUUGUAAGAAUUAUGAGUUUUAUCAAAUAUGUACAUGUCUUCUAGCACCAUUGUGAAAAAUCGUUUUAUGUCAACUUAACACAAUUAGAGUAAUCUGAGAAUUGGGAACCUCAGUUGAGACAGUGCUUGCAUAAGUUCUGCCUAUACACAAGCUACAGGGCAUUAGAGAUUAAUGUGUGAGAGCCCAGCCCAUUGUUGGUAUGACUAACUAUUGGUAUAUAGUCCUGGGUUCUAUAAGAAAGCAUUCUGAGCAAGCCAUGAGGAGCUCCCAGAAAGAUGCACUGUUCAAUGGCCUCUGCAUCAGUUCUGACUUGUAGGAUCCUGCCAGGUUUUAGUGUCUGUUCUGACUUCCUUCAUUAAUGGACUGUGGUGUAGAAAUGUAAACAAAAUAAUCCCCUUUCUCCUCAAGUUGUCUUGAUCGUGUUGUUUUACCACAGCAAGAGAAACUCUAAGAGAACCAUCAAACCAUAACAAGGCUAGUUUGUAUCUCCCAAUGUUCUUUUCUGCAUCUUGUCACCCCCAAGUUGGCAACAGACAAGCAGAAAUAUGCUCUUUUGUACUGUCAAUUAGUGUGGCAUAGUCAUGAGUGUCAUUUAUUAUAUUAAGAUUUGUAUUUGGCUCAAUUUUCUUUGACUAUUACCAUUAUUAUCAUUAUAUAUUAUAUAUCAUCAUCAUCAUUUUAGCUAACUCCUGUCUUUUUCACAGAUCAGUGGUUCAAACUUUUUGGUAAAAAGCACUUUUAUUUUAUGCAAAUUGUUGUAGGAAAGUGCAGUGGGCUGCGCCCCCGCUGCCUGGCUCCAGGCUAGUUUACCCCUGAAAUAAUUACACGGAAACUGUAUUCUUUUAAACACUGCCUGGCCCAUUAUC